AUGGGGGUUGCUCACGCCGUGUCCCUCGUGCUGGGCGCGGCGAUCGGGGUGUGGAAGCUGCCGUCCAAGAAGGUGCGCGCGGCCAUGAUGGCCUUCGGCGGCGGGGCGCUGAUCGAGGCGCUGAGCAUCGAGCUCUUCGCCCACAUCCUGGACGUGGCCAGGGGUGGCCACAGGCGGCUGUCUGCCACGCAGGACAGGCGCCUGGCGGGGGCCGCCGAGGUCGACCGCGGCCUCGUAUUCAUAGCCCUGGGCAGCGCGGUGUGCGGUGGCCUGCUGUUCGCGUGGCUGGACCACAUGCUGAGCAACCACGGCGCCUUCCUGCGGAAGGCCUCCACCGUUCAGGCCUACGUCGGCAGGCUGAGGCGUGCCCUCAUGACUCGGCUGAUCGGGCGCUUGCGGCAGGUGCCUAUGUUCGAGGUACUCUCGCCGGCGGAGUUGGAGCGCCUCGCACGGUCGACAGUGAAAGAGCGCUACGCUGCCGGGUCGGUGAUCUUCCAGGAGCUCAAGGCGAAUUCAUCCAUCUUUUUCUUGCUCAGCGGCUCCGUGGAGCUCGCCGUGACCACGAAAUAUGCGAGCGGCGGGCUUCGCCCAGGGGCCGAGGCUGGCGGCGGCGUGCAAGCAGACGACGUUGCGUUCCUGCCGCCAGGCCACGAGGAGGUGACCGACCACUUCCGCCUCCGGCCGAACGAUAUUUUCGGCGAUAUGUCGCUGUUCUCUAGCGAGACGCUCCAGGCGCAGGCGGUGGCCGUGGAGCGUUCCACCGUGCUCAGGAUCCCGAGCUCCGCGGUGCACAAGAUGCUGGCUUCGAACAGGAGACUUCAGGACUUUGUCACCAUGACGGCCAUCGACAGGCUGCGGGAGACAGAAGUCUUCGCCCGCUGCACUCCGAGUACAGUGGCACGGCUCGUCAGCUUCAUGCGGCAAGCGGAAUUCGAAGCCGGCGACACGCUGUUUUACGACGUGGACGCACUGUGCCCUAUAUACUUCGUGGUGCUCGGAUCGGUUGAGGUUUCUGCUGGCAGCCUGCACGGCGAGGGUUGUCUGGCCGCAGAGGGCCGCGCUCGCCACGUGGUUCGCGCGAACGGGCUCCUUGGCACGGAGCACCUGGUGCAUGCGCGCGCCGUGACCGCCACAGCGGUCGCGCUGGAGCGGACGACCGUGCUGGUCAUCCAGCGAGGCGACGUCGACAAGCUCUGCGAGCGUGACGAGCGGUUCCGGCAGGCGCUGGUCGCGAGCGCUCCGAGCGCCCACGCGCCCACCCUGGAGCUGGAGCCCCCGGAGGGGGCUGCGCCGCCGACGAAGCUCGGCCGCGGAGCAUUCGAGGAGGAGUUCGGCUGGGAGCGCACGGAGGCUCCACCGGCCUGCACGGGCGCUGCCUCGGCCCAGGUGCCCCGGAGCGCGGACGCGCCGGUCGCGCGCGAGGCCGACGAGGCCUCCGACGAGCUCCCCGAGGAGGACGCCUUCCUGUCGCUCCCAACCGGCCACGCGCUGCCGGACCUGUGGGCCAACCACCAGGCCACCGCGCACCCGGGCGGCGGCAAGGAGGGCGGCCACGCCCACGACGGGGGCAGCAAGCAAGCCGCGCUGAUGAUCUGGCUCGGCAUCUUGAUCGACGCAGUGCCCGAGAGCGUCGUCAUGGGCAUCCUGGUGAACACCGCGUCCAUGGGCCAGUUGCUCGCCUUCGUGGUCGGGGUGUUUCUGGCCAACUUCCCGGAGGCGAUGUCCUCCGCGGGUGUCAUGAAGCAGCACGGGAUGCGGAGGGAGAUCAUCCUUCCGAUGUGGUCCUCCAUCACGGUUUUAACAGGCAUCGGGGCGAUGGUAGGAUCCAUGGCCUUCCCCCCGGGCAGUGAGGACGAUCCUUCCAUUCAGAAGAUCAUCGCCGCCAUUGAGGGGAUGUGCGGAGGCGCCAUGCUCUGCAUGAUCGCCAACACCGUCCUGCCAGAGGCGUUCGAGCAGGGCGGCAACGUGACGGGAAUGUCGGCUCUGCUCGGCUUUCUCAUCGCCAUUGCCGUCAGCGUGGCGGCCUGA